AUCCAGUAGGUUUUCUAUCCUACCUGGCUUCUGAUGAGCUCCUGGUAUUUACCCGAGAACAGCUGUUGCUCAAUACACUAAAUGUACACUAACAGCUUUAAUAUACACUAAUUUCAAACUUUAUAUGAUUAUAAUGUUUGUUAUUAUCAUAUAACAUUUAUUAAUGUAUAUUAAAGUUGUUAAGAUAUGUCAGGAUGUUAAAGUAUUCUCACAUGCUGCUUGAAUGUUCCAUGAAUGUAUUAUAAAGGUAUUAUGCAGGUGCAGUUAAUGUAAAGCAUUACCCACUAUUUAUGUGGCUGAAGUAUAGAUGACAGUUGCUUUGAGAACCUGCGCGUGUGCUUCUCUCUAGAGUGUGGUGUGGAGGUCUGCAUGGUCUUUGGCGCGGCUCCCUCGCAGUCGUUUGCAGUUUUGCAUGCAUGGUGUUCAACGUGGUCACCCCAAGUUCAGCGGUGUGGUCACCUGCACGGUCUUUGCUGUGGUCGCGUUGUCUGGUUCAUCGCCAGGCUUCGGUUAACGCUGUCCGGGCGUUGCAGAAAGGGAAGGACAAGAAGCAAAAGAAAAAGAUAUCAAAGACUGACACGCUGCAGGAGCAAAGGAAGAAUAAGAAAGAGAUGGAAUUUGAGCUGAAACUGGCCAAAGAAAAAGAGGAAAUGUUUGAACGAGAGAAACAGCUAAAAAUCAGUAGGCUGGUUCAAGAGGUGUCAGAGACGGAGCGGGAGGAUCUGGAAGAGUCGGAGAAAGUGCAGCACUGGGUGGAGAGGUUGUGCCAGACCCGUCUGGAGCAGAUCUCCUCGGUGGAGAACGACUCCACCGAGGUAAAGCAGCAGAAAGCAGGACCAUUGGCAUGGAUGUGUGAUGUCAUUGUUCUAAGAGUGAUGUAAUAUGAUGCUGAGCAUAAACUGUUGAUGAGCUGAAAUGUGAAACUUCUGAGCUUAUUUUUUCUGUUCUAUUAUGAUGAAAUUUUAGGGACCACAUAUCUAUGUUGAUACCAGUAAGGAAGGCCUUUUGUGGUUUGCCCAUAGCAUUUUAAUGAUGUAAGACUUAAGGUUAGACUCAUGAGGAGUAUCUAAUCUGUGCAGUGUGGUUGGUGGCUGUCGUGUGGAGGUAGCUGAUGAAGUGUGCUCACAGGUCGGCCCCACCAGAGCGCCAUCUGCCCCCCCCAGUAUGCGGCGCUUCCCUGGGGGCCUACAGCUCGCCACCACCGACCUAGAUGACAUCAACUUAGACGACGUGGAUCAGAGCCUAAAGCAGCCCAUGAAGAGG